GCGGGGGCGGGGCACGGAGGCAGCAUGCUAAACCGGGUGCGCUCGGCCGUGGCGCACCUGGUGAGCUCCAGUGGCACUUCUUCCCAGCGCUCCAAGUCCCCAGAUCUGCCCAACGCCACCUCAGCGCCUCUCGCCGCCCCAGAAACGCCUAAGAGCCCCCGGAAAAAGCCUGGGAACGAGGUCUGCAGGCCCCAGAAGUCUUUGGAGAAUCCAGUGAGCUUUUCUCGACCCACCUUUCUGCAGCUGAGCCCCGGGGGACUGCGACGCGCCGACGACCACGCAGACCGGGCUGUGCAAAGUCCCCCAGACACCGGUCGCCGCCUGCCCUGGAGCACAGGCUAUGCCGAGGUCAUCAAUGCUGGGAAGAGCAGGCACAAUGAGGACCAGGCUUGCUGCGAGGUCGUGUAUGUGGAGAGCCGGAGGAGCAUUACAGGGGCCUCCAAGGAGCUGAGCCAUAACCAGGGAUUCUGCUUUUACUACUGGGGCCUGUUUGAUGGGCACGCUGGGGGUGGGGCUGCUGAGAUGGCUGCCCGGCUCCUGCAUCGCCACAUCCGGGAACAGCUAAAGGAUCUAGUAGAGAUACUUCAGGACCCUUUGCCACCUCCUCUCUGUCUCCCAUCCACUCCGGGAACCCCAGCUGUCUCUACUACUUCACAGUUGGUUAGCCCUCAGUCUUGCUGGUCUCCACAGAAGGAAGUAACCCAUGACAGCCUGGUAGUAGGGGCCAUUGAGAACGCCUUCCAGCUCAUGGAUGAGCAGAUGGCUCGGGAGCGGCGUGGCCACCAAGUGGAAGGGGGCUGCUGUGCACUGGUGGUGGUGUACCUGCUAGGCAAGAUGUAUGUGGCUAAUGCAGGUGACAGCAGGGCCAUCAUUGUCCGGAAUGGUGAAAUCAUUCCAAUGUCCCGGGAGUUCACACCAGAGACAGAGCGCCAGCGUCUGCAGCUGCUUGGCUUCCUGAAACCAGAACUGCUGGGCAGUGAGUUCACUCACCUUGAAUUUCCCCGAAGAGUUCAACCCAAGGAACUAGGGCAGAGGAUGCUGUACAGGGACCAGAAUAUGACUGGCUGGGCCUACAAAAAGAUUGAGCUGGAGGAUCUCAGGUUUCCUCUGGUCUGUGGGGAGGGCAAAAAGGCCCGGGUAAUGGCUACCAUCGGGGUGACACGGGGCUUGGGAGACCACAACCUUAAAGUCUCCAGUUCAACUCUGCCCAUCAAGCCUUUCCUCUCCUGCUUUCCUGAAGUACGAGUGUAUGAUCUGACACAGUAUGAACACUGUCCAGAUGAUGUGCUGGUCCUGGGUACAGAUGGCUUGUGGGAUGUGACCAAUGACUCUGAGGUAGCUGCCACUGUGGACAGGGUGCUGUCAGCCUAUGAACCCAAUGAUCCCAGCAGGUAUACAGCUCUGGCCCAAGCUCUGGUCCUGGGGGCCCGGGGAAUCCCCCGGGACCGUGGCUGGCGUCUCCCAAACAACAAGCUGGGUUCCGGGGAUGACAUCUCGGUCUUCGUCAUCCCCCUGGGAGGGCCAGGCAGCAGUUACUCCUGAUGGGCUCAGCCCCAUCUCUCUCACUGCCACCCCAUCGUCUCUAUUACCACCCUUCUCCAUCCCAAACACAGAAGUUGUAUCCCUGACUCUCAAGUGGCCGUUUGACAAAGGGAUGCCCACUAGAUCCAAAAUUACAGCAACUGGCAAAUAAACCAGAUGGAUGAA